AUGGCGCUCUGCCUGGUCCCGGACUUCCCGGCCGUCCUGCUGGUUCUGGAGCAUUUAACGGAGCUGGACAGGCAGCUGAAGGAGGAUGGAGUCCCGUUCGCGUCCAAGGCCCGCGUCCACCUGACCGCCCUAACCGCUGCCGUCUCCGAGCUGGAGGCCGCCAGGCGCGCUGCUCACGAACACCUGGAGGUGGAAACUAUCGAGAACGGCAAGCUGAGACACCAGAUUAAGAACAUGUCCGACCGUAUGAGCGAGGAGAUGAUGGCGGAUGCAGCAGCGGCCCGGGAGUCCAACGCUGAGGAGAUGGAGCGGCUGCGCAAAGACCUCAAGCUGGUCUCACAUCUCCAGGAAGACGCUGGAGAAAAGCUGCAGGCACUUUUAAACCAGAACAAAACGCUUCACCCCGAGCGGGAGCAGGUGAAGGCCGAGCACGAGGCCGUCAUUGCUGCUCUGAAUGAACAAAUGAAUCUAAAAUACAACCUGCAGAUGCAGCUGGAUGAGAAGCUGCAGCAGAUGGAGGAGCUCAAAUCCUCCUUCGCUGCUGUCCAACAGGAAAGAACGUCCCUUGAGCAAAACAUGGCGUUACAGAGGAAGGCUUGCUCGGAGAAAAAAGGCCGCCUGUCCCGAGAGGCGGACGAGACGGUGGAGAGAAUUAAGCUGCAGGUAGAAGCCGUCGACGAGAGGAGAGAAGAGUUCGACCGCGUGAACGGCAAGAAAGAAGAAACUCUCGGGCGUUUAGGUGAACUCCGUGCUCGUGUGGACACACUGGAGAGCAUCCUGAAAAAAGUGGUGACGUCUCGGACGCAGUGUGAGCAGAAGCUGGAGGAGGAAGCCCAAAGGCACAAAGAACUGAGUCAACAAAUAGAAAGGCAGGAGAAGGAGUCUCGUGAGUUAAAGGAGGCCUUCAGUGUCACCAUCAAAAACCUUCAGGAACAAAUCGCUGCGGUGGAAAAGAAAAUGGAGGAGGACCGAGCGUCUGGGCUGCUCCUUGGAAAAUCCUUGUCUCAGAUGUGUGAGUUAUUAAAGCAUAGGCGCGAUGAGGAAAACGAAGUGCGGGCUGAGUGCGUGCACGUGUCCCAGCAGCUGGAAUGGUCCAGGCUGCAGCUGGAGGAGUGCAUCGCCUCCAUCGUCGUCCACAGCAAGGACGUCAGGAAGAUGGAGAAGGAGACCGAAGAACUCCAAGAAGCAGAAAUCAGCACCAGGCGUGCGUUUGAGAGGAACCGGGAGGAGCUGCGCAGGGAUAUGGAGUCAGCCAAGGAGAAGAUCAGUCAGUACGAGGAGGACAAGAGGAGGUUCAGUCAACUCCUGGAGGAGGCAAAGAGCAGGCACGAGGAGCAUGUGGAGAAAAUGAGGUCUGAUAUUAGUCACACAAAGAGGAGGUACGAGGAGCUGCUGCAGGAGGAGGCUGAGCUCCUGCAGCUGAAGCCCAAAAGCGCCGACAUCGACUUCCUGAUCAGCUACAUGACCCAAACAGAGAUGGAGAACAGACAAAUGGAGAAAAUCCUCCAGCAGAAGGUGCAGCAGAUCAGUGCAGAGAUCCAGGCCAUCCGCAGGAGCACCGAGGAGAAGCAGAGAGAGCUGGAGGAGAAAGAGGAGAUGCUGAAGGAGGUGGAGGCAACGUGGACCGAAAUGAAAAACAGACACGACCGUCUCACCAGCGAGCUGCGCUGGCAGAAGACUGAGCUGGAGCUGUCGAUUCAGGACACAAAGAACCAGACGGAGUUCCUGCUGGGCCAAGAGGAGGACCUGAAGGCCGAGCUGGAGGAGCUGCAGGAGACUCGCACAGACAUGCUGAGCAAACGGAGCUCAGAGCUCAGAGCCAUGGAGGUGAGCAUCUGUAACCACAGCGUGAUCCUGGAGCAGGUCAGGGUGGAGAACAGCCGGCUGCACCUCUACAUCAGUCGGGUCCAAGCAGCCAGGCAGGCGAAGGAGCAACACCAGCAGGAGGACCAAAAGCUCCGACCCAAAACAAAAGACACGAUGGAGAGUUUACGGGAGGCGUGGAGACAGGACGUCACAGUGACCCAAAAGUCUGAGAGCAGAGACGACGUCCUGCUGGGGUCCAUGAAUUCAAUGCAGAACCGACUGAAAACCAGGGAGAAGCAGCUGAUGAACGUCAGCGCCAUCCUGCACCACAAGAUGAUGGACUUUAGCAAACGGGUCGGCCUUCAAGCUACAGCGACGCAGCAAAUCUGA